AACUAUAAUAGGAGUGUCUAACCCUCAUUUCCUUUUCUAUAAGUAGUUAACACUGUUGGAAAUUGAAAGAAAGCCUUCGAUAGCUUCGGAAGAGAUGAAGAGCAGCACAGUGUUGAGCAUCAUUCUCCUUUCGGCAUUCAUAGCGUCAACCACCGCUAAACUCGUUCUCGACGUCGAUGGCGAACCCGUUGAGAACAACGUUGCCGCAUACUACCUCAUGCCAGAUUUAAUGGGAAAAGGAGGUGGCAUAGAACGAGUCAGAACCGGAAAAGAAACGUGCCCUCUCACCGUAGUGCAAUCUCCCUUUGAGGUCGUCAACGGGCUACCGGUAAAAAUUGCAUCCUCACUCCGUUCCUACUUCAUCCCCGAAGACUCCAAAGUGCGCAUUGGGUUCUCUUCUUCGCCCGAGUGUGCGUCCAACCCCUGGUGGACCGUUGUGGAGGGGCUACCGGAAGGGCCCGCUGUUAAGAUUAGUGGCGGCUACGAAAGCACAGUAGAGGGUUGGUUCAAGAUUAUGAGUGUUUCGUCUUCGCCGAAACUUAACAACUAUAAGCUUAUGUUUUGCGCACGUGAGGACGACUCGUGUGAGAAUAUCGGGAUUCAUAAGGACGCAAAAGGUAACCGGCGAUUGGUGGUGACCGACAAGAACCCGAUGGUGAUUCAGUUUGUGAAGGUUGCGUCGUCAUCUGCAUGAUGCGCCAGCGCCGGCGCUGGCCUUGAAAAAUCUUGUGGUUUUUCGUGGUGGGGGAGGAAGAGUAAAUAAAUGCUUUGCUUGUAAUGGUUAAUAUUACUUGACUAAAUAAAAUAAUCAAAGCUAAUGCCUUCCGGCUGUUUUUCUUUGAAUUC